GAGGAUUCUUCGCGUCAGAGGUUGCUGAUUGACUCGGGGGUGGAAAAAAGUUCGGUUCGCAAUUGCCCCUCGUUAUUUUUCUCUCUUUAUCUCUGUCUCUCCCUAUCCCUCCCCCUCCAUCGCUCUCUCACUGUCUCUCUCACGCCUCGGCUUUAUAAAACGACCGCUGGUUUUCCGCAACUGCCUCAAAUCCGACGGAAGCGAAUAAGCUUCUACCUGUUGACCAACUCCGCUUGUCGAAACCUUGCGGGAGAAACUCUUGUGCAUUUGGAUCAGAUAUUGAAAGGGGGGAAGAAACAUGAUGAAGAGCCGCCAUCAAUUUCGCCGGCGUUUUAGCCUUCAGCCAUCCUCUCUCAAGGAGGAACAAGAAGAAGAAUUGCCGAAGAAUAAUAGCACCGAAAGGCUAUCAGAGGCGAACAGCAACAGUACGAAGCAAACGGAAAGCUCGUUUCGUCACAAAAUCGUCGUAAUGGGAGCGGCGAAAGUUGGAAAAUCAUCAAUCAUCAGUCAGUUUCUCUACAAUACAUUCUCAGCUAAGUACAAACGAACCGUCGAAGAAAUGCAUCACGGCGACUUCAAUGUUUCCGGUAUUCAGCUGACUCUUGACAUAUUGGACACUUCCGGUGCCUACGAAUUUCCGGCCAUGCGAGCUCUGUCCAUUUCCUCCGCUGACGCCUUCAUUCUGGUAUACGAUGUCAACGAUUCCAAGUCCUUCCUCGAGGCGAAGGUUCUUCGCGCCCAAAUACUCGAGACCAAAGGUUACAGCGCUGUGCCAAUUGUCGUUGUUGGAAACAAACUCGAUCUGGCUGACGAAAAUCGCGAGGUGGACAGGGAGAGCACGGAGGCGUUGGUGACCGUUGAUUGGGAAAACGGUUUCGUCGAGGUCUCGGCUAAGGAGAACACGAAUAUAAACCAGGUCUUCAAGGAGCUGUUGAUACAGGCUAAGGUGAAGUACAACCUGAGUCCAGCUUUGCGACGGAGACGGCGGCAAUCCUUACCGCCCCCUCAGCAUCUUAGCUCAAGGGUGAGCAGCGCUCACGUUCCGUCACCCUCGCAGCUCCAGCAUCUUCAACAGAUUCGCGAGCGAAACGACGCCAAGCGAAAUUCAUGCGUUAUUUCCUAAUCCUGUAAAUUGCGUAGCGCCGAUAAUAGACUGACGAUUAAUGUGAAGAAAUAAAUGAAAAUCCUGAAAGUUAAUUAAGUAGCAGUUUAGCCUAUAUAUAUAUACACACCACAUUACGUAACGCGUACGAUAUGUAUACUAUAUAAUACGUAUACAAUAGCCGAUAACCAAAUCAUUCCGCGUAUAUGGAUUCGCACGGUCCUGUUUCAGUGCCAUUCUAUAAACGUGCCUGUAACUUUCCCAGGUUGAAGUCGGUAACGUUGUUAUUGUAAUAAUUCACGUUUCGGAUAAAUUUCAGGAAUGUCUGAAAUGCAGUAAAUUAUAUUAAGGGAAAAGAAAUUGAUAUUUUAAGAAACUUGCGACACUACCAAGUCACUGUAAAAUUGCAAAAUGACGACCUUUUUCCCAACCAAUGUUUCGUUACGCUUACGUUACUAACUUCAGCCUCAUGUAACUUCUUGGUUUACGCUUCAUAUGCAUAUGUUACGUUGAUGCGAAAUUAGGACGAUAUUAAUUACUCCUUUUAUUCUCAAGAGAACAAUUCGUCAAAACGGGUAUCGUUGAAAUAAUAAAUUAGGUAAGGUAAUUUAAAAAAGAACCCGGUACUUUGAGCCACACAAUCGUGAGGUACAAGGAUCGAUUUUUUUUUUUCUUUUAAGAUCACAUCAUUGGUGAGGUUCGAGAAUCGUUGGGUCGAUAUAUGUAUGAUUGAUAAGCGAAUGAAACCACAUGAUUUUUAGAGUGUCAAAAUUGGCUGUCGAUGGCUAACAGCAAGGUCAAAAAAUUCAACCUAUGAAAUUCACGGUCAGUUGAUUGUAUGUAGGAAAAAAGAAUGUGCUAUUUUAGUUUGAA